AUGCUGAACAUUCAGGGAGAGUCUCAGGCAGAUCCAUUUGCGGUGAACAACAACGAUGCAUGGAUGCAGGGUCUUUUCACGAAGAACCAUGAUAACACUGGCACACCGGGUAUCUCAAGCAUCACGACGUCUCAGGGCGCAAUUGAAGAGCAGAUCUCUUGGUUGAGUCAACACGAUACAGAUAAUGCCAUGUCGACCCCUCAUCCUCCAGACUUGACGAUAGUCCCAUCUACGCGUGGUGUCCAACCAUCUUGGGCCUCGCAACGCCCACAGGAGAUUCUUAUGGCUGGCUUCGAAUGCGAACGAAUACACCUCCGCGAUCAAUUUUCCCACACCUGGUCGCAUCAGUAUCAAAUGGGUACACCGGUCUAUCGUAGCGUCCUCGCGAAUGUUCAACAAUCCGGUCGGAGUAUCCCUCUUACAAACUCUGGCUUUUCAGACCACUUGAAUGCCAUCAAAGAUUGUUUUGGUCCUUUGAGGUAUUCGCAAGAUCUCAUGACCUCUGAUUAUGCCCGGUAUGUGAGUAUUGAGCCCCCAACCGCCUUUAUAGCUGAUGAAAGUAGGUUUUUCAAAUCCGUUUCGGUGACCUUGUCAUUGUUCAACAGUCUUGCAAGACCAGAAGUCCUGGGUUGGUAUGCGCCAACCAAGUAUUACCAACACAUCGCCGGUGUGGUUAUGUGGCAAAUCCGGCCCUGUCGUGACACAUAUGAUCGGCUUGCCACGCGAUACAGACCGACUGCCCUUCAAAUGAUGGAAAGAUACCCUGCGAUUAUCGACUGGUGCCCCUUCGCUUCUGUCCGAGACCGACUUAUCACUUGUCACGCUGCUAAUCCUCGGAUUGAUGAAAUCAUCUGUAACAUGGCGACCUCUUAUGUGGUUGAAGCUGACUUGCGUGACCUUGUUCAAAUCAACGGGCACUCGCUUAAAUGCUACAUCAGGGUCUGGGAUAUCAUACAGUCCAUGGAUCGUAAAGCAAGCGAUGAACAACAUACGGCUCAGCCGAAGGGACAUCUUCCAGCACCGACUGCAGCAUCGUUGUUCACGAAGCCAUACGCGUCACAAGUUUUCCAGAAGUUACAUAUGGAUGAGGGCAUCACAUUUUACAAGCUUGAUCCUGCAUUCUUCAUGCAGUACCCCGAACUCAUCGGUGACGAUCAUUGA